GGGGGGGACGAACCGCCGCACACUUUUGGCCACUGCACGGGAGAGGGGGGACGGAGGCUGCAUGUGCGCAGCGUCGCUCGCGGAUCUCCCGAGACUGAUCUCAGCAUCCCGCAGGCUCAGUCAAAAGCAGAGAGAAAACAUCAGCCGCUGGCAGACAUGGAUGAAGGAAUCUCCCGCUUGCCGGAGAGGCAGCUACUGGAGCAUAGGGAUUUUAUAGGGCUGGACUACCCUGCCCUGUAUAUGUGCAAACCCAAAAGAGGCGUGAAGAGGGACGAGAGCAAGGAAACGUACAAACUGCCACAUAGACUGAUAGAAAAGAAGAGGCGAGACAGGAUAAACGAAUGCAUUGCCCAGCUGAAGGAUUUACUGCCCGAACAUCUGAAACUAACGACGCUGGGACACCUGGAGAAAGCGGUGGUGCUGGAACUGACUCUGAAGCACUUGAAAGCGCUAACAGCCUUAACAGAGCAGCAGCACCAGAAGAUAAUUGCUUUGCAGAAUGGGGAGCGGUCCAUGAAGUCUCCGGUGCAGGCCGACCUGGACGCCUUCCACUCGGGCUUUCAGACGUGCGCGAAGGAAGUGCUGCAGUACCUCUCCCGCUUCGAGAGCUGGACCCCCCGCGAGCAGCGAUGCGCGCAGCUCCUCGGCCACCUGCACUCCAUCUCGUCGCAGUUCCUCCCCGGCCCUCAGCUCUUCUCCCCGCCACCGGGCCCGCUCAGCAAGGGAUCCUCCUCCUCUUCCUCCCCGCCCGCCCCCCCCUGCGCGCCGGGCCACAAGCCGGAGGGCCAGGCUAACUGCGUGCCCGUUAUCCAGCGGACUCACGCCGCCGAGCUCAGCGCCGAGACCGACACGGACACGGACAGCGGCUACGGCGGGGAGGGCGAGGCGCGCCCCGAGCGCGGCCCCGCGGCGGCGGCCGGCGGAGCGCUGCCCGCCCUGGCCAUCAAGCAGGAGCCGUCGGGGGACGAGGUGCCCCCCGCGCCCAAGCGGCUGAAGCUGGACCGCGGCGGGAGCCCCAUGCCCGGCCCGCCGGGGCUGGCGACGCGGGGAGCCGAGGCGGCGGCGGCGGCAGCGGCGGCCGCGCUGGUCCGACCCGACGCCGCCCUGCUGGGCUCGCUGAUGGCCCUGGGGGCGGGCGGCGGCGGGGCCCCCUUUGGACAGCCGGCGGCGGCCCCUUUCUGUCUGCCCUUCUACUUCAUCUCCCCCUCGGCCGCCGCCGCCUACAUGCAGCCCUUCCUGGAUAAAAGCAGCCUGGAGAAGUAUCUCUACCCCGCCGCCCCCAUCCCUCUCCUCUACCCGGGCAUCCCGGCCCAGGCGGCCGCCGCUGCGGCUGCCGCCGCCUCCUUUCCCUGCCUCUCCUCCGUGCUCGGCCCCGAGAAGGCGGCGGCGGCCGCCACCGGGCUGCCCCCGACGCCCCACCUCCCUCACCCCUUCGCUGCCGCCGCCGAGCCCGGCGAGGAGCCCGAGCCCGCAGCUGCCGAGGAGCCCGGCGCCGAGGGCCCGUGAGACGCCCCGGGGGCUCCCCGCCGCCGCUGCCCUCCCCUCGGACUGAGGGGCCGUCGGGCCCGCACUUGCGCCCCCGGGUUCCUACGGAGGGCAGGGGUCGCCGGGGCCGGUGAUCGCCGAGAGCUGGCGGCCGCGGGAUGCCGGGCCUGGCCCGUGGGAGUCCCGCUGCCGGGGCAGCAGGUCCCGGAGCGGCCCCUGCAGAGGACCGUCGAGGAUAAAGUUUGCUACUCAGUAUUUUUUUAAUGUUUGGCUUUAUAAAUGCAUAAAUAAGGAAAACAAAACAAAACAAAACAAAACAAAACAAAAAAAGAAGAAGAAGGAAGAAAACAUAGUAAGGAUACUUUUUUUUUUCCUCUCUAUAGAGUAAUCAAAUGUGGCACCUUAUUUGGAAUGGGUUUAUACAGUGUAUCCCUAAGUCCCACUUGGGAACUUGCACUUGUUGUCCGGGAGACCUGGAUGGAUGAGGGCGGGGAGCGAGGCGAGGGAGGAAGGGCAGAGCCCAACACCUGUGCUAGCACUUUAUGGAGUGUGGAGGAUGCACCCUGAGCCCAAACCUGCAGUGCCUUGAGCACCCGGGGAUGCCGCUGGCUCCAGCAAGUUUUGGGUGUGCAAGGAAAGGAGAGUCAGACCCAUUACAUAACCUUGUGUUUAUUUCUUUUUUUUCCUCACCCCAUCUUUAUUUAAUUCAGUAUGUACCCGAGAGAUUUCUUUUCCCCCAAAACCUUGCUGUAUAAAAUGAAUGUUACUGCACUGAACUACAAAAAGAAACCCCCUUCUCUCCCCCAAGAAAACACAGAGCAGCUUGUCAGCCUGAACUCAUUCUAUCCUAAAUUCCGAGUGACACAACCUGGAGGCCGUAGGUGAACACCUCCUGUGCAACCCAGAAACAAUAAACCCAGUUGGAGUAAGUUUCCCAUAUGGGUUUUUCCCUCAUUCCAUGCUCAAAUACUGCGUUUUCCCUUUCUGGAGACAAACCAGACACCAGAUAAUCACACAGAUAAAGCUUUUAUAAUAAGGCUUAAACCAAGACCUUGCCUAGAUAUUUUUAGUUUGUUGCCAAGGUAGCACUGUGAGAAAUCUCACUUGAAUGUUAUGUAAGAGGUGAGACACCACAGCCUGGCGAGGAGUGUGUGCGUGUUCGGGGUCCGUCAGUCCGUUUGGUGCAUCUGCUGCUGCUGUUGCUACUGUUUGCCUCAAACGCUGUGUUUAAACAACGUUACAAAAAAAAAAAAAUCUUACUAGCCUACAGAGUGUCUGUAUGUAAAUAGUUGUUAAUACAUACAAUUAAUGACGUCUGACAUGCUAUUUUUGUAGGGAGAAAAAUAUGUGUUAAUGAUAUUUUGAGUUAAAUAUCUUUUGGGAGGACUUGCUGAAAAAGUUGCACUUUUGUUACAAUGCUUAUGCUUGAUACAAGCUUAUGCUGUCUUAAAUUAUUAAAAAAAAAUAAAUCCUGUCUGCAAGAAA